GUGGGGCAGGGUGAGGCUCACUGGAGGCCGCUGGUUUGUAGGCUCCGCAGUUCUUGCCAUCCUCGCCUCCUCUAGCGCUAUGGCCCAGCCGCCGCCUGACGUGGCAGAGGACGAUUGUCUCCCUGAGUAUCGCCACCUCUUCUGUCCGGACCUGCUCCGGGACAAAGUGGCCUUUAUCACGGGCGGGGGCUCUGGCAUUGGGUUCCGGAUUGCUGAGAUCUUCAUGCGGCAUGGCUGCCACACGGUCAUCGCCAGCAGGAGCCUGCUCAGAGUGUCGACGGCUGCUAAGAAGCUGACUACUGCUACUGGCCAGCGGUGCCUGCCUUUAUCUAUAGAUGUCCGAGCUCCUGCAACUAUCAUGGCUGCUGUGGACCAGGCACUGAAGGACUUCAACAAAAUUGACAUUCUUGUUAACUGCGCAGCUGGAAACUUCCUGUGUCCUGCCAGCACACUGUCCUUCAAUGCCUUCAGGACUGUGAUGGAGAUCGAUACCAUCGGCACAUUCAACGUGUCUCGUGUGCUCUAUGAGAAGUUCUUCCAGGACCAUGGAGGGGUGAUCGUGAACAUCACUGCGACCCUGGGCAACCGGGGGCAGGUGCUCCAGGUGCACGCAGGCUCUGCCAAGGCGGCUGUGGAUGCAAUGACACGGCACUUGGCUGUGGAGUGGGGUCCCCAGAACAUCCGCGUCAACAGCCUCGCCCCUGGCCCCAUCAGCGGCACAGAGGGGUUCCGGCGACUAGGUGGCCCCCAGGCCAUCAUGAGCACACAGGUCCUUGGAAGCCCCCUGCAGAGGCUGGGGAACAAGACCGAGGUGGCCCACAGUGCCCUGUACCUGGCCAGCCCCCUGGCAUCCUACGUAACAGGGACAGUUCUGGUGGUUGAUGGUGGAGUGUGGCUGACGGCUGCAAACAAUAUCAAGAGGCUGGCGGAUUUUGAACUUUUCUCUGCUAAGCUGUAGGUGUGAAUGGCCCAGGCGGAGGUGGUGUUCUGAAGAGGAAGCGGUUGUCAGCCUGCUCCUGAAUUCCUGGGACACCUCCUGCAGGGCUCUUCUGGAGAACUUCCUCACUUCCCUUCCCUGGUGCAUAGCCAAGCCAAGAGUGCUAAAUCCAAAUCCCGCAAUCCUAGCAGCCCAGCCCUUCCUCUGGGGACCGAGCUGUUCCCACACUCUUCCUCCCAUGGCCCCACCUUCCCAGCAGGAUCGACCAGGUAGUGAGCUUGGCCUGCUGACCUGGCCCUGCGGUGUCUGACCAAAAGCCAGGUGGGAGUGGUGAUACGGCCAACAUUCUAGGAUGUCCCCGUGCCCGUGGUCAGGGGCUGUCCCGCCUGCCUGUCCUGCCCAGCCCCAGCUCUGGGUUGUCCUCCUAACUCCUCCUGCUUGUGUUCAGUGGAUGUUCCUUGAAAGCUGCCCCUGCCUUGGAUGGAGAGUAGCCACGGCUGCCAGGCUCGGUGUCCUGGGUCCCCUUUGCCGGGGGGGUGCAGGCUCAGGGACAGGAUCCCCUGCAUGCCCUGGGGCACCCACAGGGGCCUCCCCAGUGGGUUUUGGUUCUCUGUCAUUCAGGGGCUGACUUUCUAGGCCCUCAGGUGGCUGGUCCCUGUCACCAGCACCUUCCCUCAGGCCUGGGGGGAUUGGGAAAUUCCAGCCUAUCUUUCGUUCAUUUCAUGGUGGCUGUCAAUGUCUGGGUCCUGGACCUGAAGCUUGUUUUCUAUUCUGUGGUUUAAAAAGUCCAGGUCGUUCUUGUGUCUGUCGCCUGUGAGCAGCUGGCCCACAAGGUCCCACCCUUCACUGUCUCUGUACCACUGGCUUGCAAAGCAUGGUUCCCUUGACAGAAAAUGCAUUUUCUUAAAAAAUAAUCUUUUUUCUAUAAAAACAACUAUUCAUUGGACUUUGCAGAAGUGUAUAGAAGGAAAAGGAACACAAUUAAAAAGGAUCCCUGGUGAUCUUGUCAUUCAGA